AACGGGCGGGACAUUUAUGGCUGCAGAUCAUGUUUACAACAUCACGGGAUCCCGUCUGGCCUAGGUGUUUACUCUAACAUUGGCGACCCUGUCAAUAAACAGUUACACGCUCUCUGGCCUGGCAUCCACCUCUACUAACAUAGCGUGAAUUUACCAUUCCCCCCGUCACGCCAAGUGGACCGGUACAGCUCAUGAUCAUCGCGUGCUGUGGAAUAGAGAUCGUUCAACUUAUGAAAAAUUGAGAUGGUCCGACAUUCUCUAAUAAGCAUUAAGUUAAUGACUGAUGUGUGAUGUUAGUUUGGUUACCCCUCACAACCACACGGUACAAUGAUGGAGCAGAGCCGGAGAGAGAGGGAUGGGUCACCGGACUCCUUCUGUUCGGACAAAUGGACACCCCACCCUCAACGUCCGUAUUCGGACGUACAGAAGAUGAGAAAUCAAGCUAUAGUGAAACAAUUAUUAAGGGAAUUCGACAUGGAGGAGACUGUAACACGCUACAGAGUCAAGGACUCGCACGAGUUUGUCUUAGACGAGCGCGACUUCAGCGUGGAUGUUUCACAUUCCACAAUGCGGAUACGCCACAACUUACAGCGACUGAUGGGUACUGACGUCAUCAGGCUCAACGAUCGCAACUACACAGAGACUUUGCUGCGCAUGCUCCAGGAAGAUUAUGAGGCUAAUCUGGACAAGAAGGAGAAGGCGUUGGAGGAUGCAGAGAAACAAAGACUCCGGAAGCUGAUGCUGGAGGGUACCAUAACAGUUAGUAUGAUGGAACAUCCGGACGGUAAACACAAGCGCUCUAAGAAGAGGAAGCACAAACGGAAGGAUAAUGCACACACCAAAAAGAAGGUCGGCCAUCCGUCCAUCAUGCAUGACGACAGUCCAUAUUACCAGCACGUAGCCGAGAGGUCCGAGCUUUCUCCGCACUCCAUGGAUAAGAUUCAGUGCGUGGUUUCACAGAUGGAACUCAUCGAAAAUAAAGAUGCAGAGGAGAGUCAGAAGGAGAAUGAAGGCGAUCGGACAAACGGGGAUGAAGAAGUGUCAACAGGGAGCUCACAUGGGAACAGUCCCCGUGAACGAAGCAUGAAAAAACAGGUACAGUGGUCCAAACCUAAAAGGCAGGUGAACUCUGGCGAUAGGACCGUAGCUAAAUCAACACCACGUAACUAUCCGAAGGGGAAAUUCUCGAAGAAAGAAUCUCCACUUCUGCACGAGUUCCGAGAAGAAGAGACUGUGGAUGGUCUGUAUAGGCUAGCGGAGAGGCUGGUAUUGUGAUACGAGUCCGACGGAUCGACGAAGCUGUGUAAGGAACUCGAGAGUGCUGAUAGCCUUAAUUGUAAAUAACAAAAACGAAUCACAGAUUUAUUCAUGUUUCCAAACAAAAGAAAUCUGAAGAAUUAAAUGUAUCGUUAUUGGAAAUAUAAUCCAUGUGUAUUGUAUUUCAUGGAAUAGAUAAAUAUAUUG